AUGAUGAACGGUAGAAACAACGGUAAAAAAUUGAAGGCUGUCAGAAUCGUUAAACACGCUUUGGAAAUCAUUUACGUUUUAACUGAACAAAACCCAAUCCAAGUUGUUGUUGAUGCUAUUGUCAACUCUGGUGCUAGAGAAGAUUCCACCAGAAUUGGUUCUUCUGGUACUGUUAGAAGACAAGCUGUUGAUGUUUCUCCAUUAAGAAGAGUUAACCAAGCUAUUGCUUUGUUGACCAUUGGUGCCAGAGAAGCUUCUUUCAGAAACAUUAAAACUAUUGCUGAAUGUUUGGCUGAAGAAUUGAUCAACGCUGCUAAAGGUUCUUCUACUUCUUAUGCUAUUAAGAAGAAGGAUGAAUUGGAAAGAGUUGCCAAAUCUAACCGUUAA